AUGUCCAAGGACAGUUGGAUGGACUUCGGUGAACUUUCUACAGAUACUGAUUUUACUUCAAGGAUUAAGAACUUUCAUGACAGUGUAAACAGAAUUGGAGAACUUCUACAGACUGUGUGUGAGAAAGAUGCAUAUGAAAAGCUCAAUAUAGAUGAUCGUAUAAAAUAUGAUUUGCUUCUGUCAUAUUCUAUCAAUUCAUUAUUUUGGCUUUACCUGCGUACUCAAGGAGUGGAUCCCACCAAACAUGCUGUUAAGUCAGAAAUUGAUAGAGUGAGAGAGUAUUUUGCCAAGGCUAAGCAAGUUGAAGAUCGUAGAACCAUUAUGCCUCAUAUUGAUGUAGCUGCUGCCCGGAGAUUCAUUAGAAGUGGACUGUGGCAGCCUAACCAGAAAGAUAAUAAGAGUACAGAUGUGAAGGUUCAAGGACCAGAGAGGAUAGAUGAUGAUAUUGUUGGAAGAUUAACAAAGCAUAAUGUUUGA